UGACGGUGUGCAGAGCGCGCGUCGGUCGUCGAUUUCCCGCGCAAAACCGGUCGGGGUAACACUGUGUGCCGGCCGCCCGCCCCACCGGGAACGGACGACACAGUCGAGCGCGCGCGCGACCGUUAUCCAACCGACCGAUUUUCAAAUUCAAAAUCGUCAACGAACGUCGAGCAGCAGCCGCCGUCUCGCCGUCGUCGUCCGCGCGAAAACCGAACAGUUMAUUUAUUUUUUUUCACCAUUCGUAAAAAUAUUUUUAAACCGUCGUUUUUCGCCGCCGCCAUCCACCGACCGGCUCGCGGAUUCAUUGCCCGGUACACGAAACACGUAGACGCGCGGGUUUCGUUAAGCGACAGUCUUUCGUCGUCAUCAAACGGGGCGCGAGCAGGCAACAAGCCACCAGCACAUCGCCAGUCAGCCAUGGUGUUGUCGGACGUCAACGGAAACGGUAAGAAGUCGGCGGCCGAACGGUGGCUGAGACAGCGCAACGGGCAGCGGGCGUCGGCUGUCCGGUGCAUAUUCGGGCCGCCCGAGAAACGGGCACAUCUCAUGGUGAUCAUGCGCAACGAGGCUGAAAUGGAACGGAAGCGGAUCGAGUUCGCGGCCCGGUACGAGCCGGUGGGCAUGUCGCCGAACGAGCGGCGCAACUUCUUCGCGGGACUCAUCAAAUCGCCGUCGACUCCGUCGCACCAUCAUCACGGCAACGAACAUAAUUCAAAAAAUUCGAAAGCCGAUAACCGCAACCACUACUUCCAACAGCAGCAGCAACACCAGCAACACUAUUACCAGCAGCAGCAAAAGAACAAUAGUUUCAAUCAACCAUCCGACGACGAAAGAAAUUGACUACGAAAUUGAUCGACUAUUGUGCGGGAGGGGGGACAUAUCAUAAAUCGUUAUCGAUAUUAUAUAUAAUGUUAAAUUGUACCUAAAUCGCAACGAUCUCUAGCCCCAAACUCGUACAACUUUAUAGAAAAGAUUCACUUUGUCCAUUUCCUCUUCUACGUCUGUCUAUGUCACGAAUCGUCACAUUUGUUGCACGAAAUCCGCGCGUAAUUUAGGUUUAUGGGUGUAUAAUCGGGUUAUUAAUAAUAUUAUAUAAUUUAAAGUGUUUUCAUUUCAUUUUUGUUCCGUUCAUUUGUACGUGGCGCAUAGUUGUUUAGGGUUUGCCAACGACUACUUUUUACCUAUUAUAUAUUACUGCCUAGUGCCUAUAAUAAUAUUGUUUGUUAGAUUUCUAGAAAUUUAACACGUGCUAUAGCCGGUCCAUAACAUAAUUUAUUGUAAAAGUACGCAUCAUACUAUUUCUAUUAUAUUAUAUGGUGCGAUUGUUGUCCGAGUCAUGCACCUACACUACCUUUCAUAAUAUUUUGAUGAUGCUCAAGUGUGCAUGUAAAAUAAAUAUUAUUUUAUAUUAAUACGAUUGUCAAUGAA